AUGGCGAUAAUGAAGAGCAAGUUCACUGGAAGUGGACUUCUAAUGCUGCUGACCCUAGCUUUUGGAACGACGGUGCAGUGUAAUGAGCCACCGUCACAUCCACAGCUGUCGCAAAGCACUGAUACCAGCGCCACUCCCACAAUAUACAGGAGUGAGCUUGAAACCACUCUCAAAGUUCCAGGAGGUGCUGCAUCUCAGAAGCCUCUCGCAUCUACAGGUAACGUCAGUAUCUCAGCGGAGAGCACCGGAACCGGAUCUGAAACCCCCACAAGUCAGGCCGAAGGUACAUCUGAGAGCCUACAAGAGCGGGAGUCUCAGGCUCGGCCAACACCUGCACCUCGCCGGUCCGAGGCUCAAGCCCAGGGUCAAAGCCCCACGACUGCCCCUCAAAGCACGGUUUCGACGAAUACGGGUGAGUCUGGAAACGACGGCAAUGACAACGAGACAAAAGGACUCUACCCCUCAUUAGAUGAGCUAAAAGCAAACGGACUCUACCCCUCAUUAGAUGAGCUAAAAGCAAAAGGACUCUACCCCUCAUUAGAUGAGCUAAAAGAGAAUCCGAAUGUGACCACGCCGAUCCGCCCCUCAAAAGGACUCUACCCCUCAUUAGAUGAGCUAAAAGAGAAUCCGAAUGUGACCACGCCGAUCCGCCCCUCAAAAGGACUCUACCCGCCUUUGGAUGAAUAUAGGCACUACCAGGAAAUAACCUGGUUUUCUAUUCCCGUGCCUAUGGGAGUCGUUGAUCGCCGGGAAACGCGCGCCUUGAAACAGCAGUUCACUCAAUUUCUCCAACAGCUAUCGGCAAACUAUCCCAAACUGGUGCAGAGGGUGUACGAGUUUCUCGGCUGGCCCUCUGAUAAACUUCCUGAAAACGAAGAACAAGCUCAGAUGUUUAUUGACGCUCUUAACACUUCUGAAGCCUUGCUGGGCAAGGCAGCCCGGUGGAUCUUCAACGCGAUACCGGAAAUGGAACGGGCAGCCAUUUACACAUCCUUCUACCAACUUUUCCGCAACAAACUGCCGUCGUCGUUUUUCGAAGCUGCAGGACGAGUCAAUCCAGAGGUCCGUGAAUACUGGAAUGCUGAGAUGCCCAUUACAGGGACUUGGGAAACUCCUUCAGAAGCUGAUAAAGAAUCGGAAGCAGGCGGCGAAACUGCAAACUCUCGAAAAGGUCAAGCACAUUUGACUGCUCAAGUUUUGCAACCUCUUCCCGUGGAAGGACCGACACCGCGUGACCGGAUCCCGUGGAUGAAAAUAAAGAGUGCCAUUUCGAAAGCGCAUGGGCCUGUGACGCGGGUACCCGAGUGGACACCAGUUACGGGCGCCUGCGCUCUAGGUGAAGGGUACACGGAAAUCGAUGUGGCGAAGGCGACAACGGACGUGCUUUUCCGCCUCACUUUCGUCAUUCUACAUCAAAUCAAGAGGAAGAAUUCAAACAAUGGAAAAUUGGAAGAUGAUCAGGCUCUCGUUGCUCUCUGCUCUACCGCUGGCGCCUUCGUGGACGCCUGGCAACAGCAGCAGCAGGCUCUUGCGCAAGAGGAUCCAGGCACACCCAAGGCGCAUGCCGUCUUAAUCGAGCGCCUGCGCCAUGUAGAUAAAUACUUCAUGAAGACCUACGAUGAAACGACUGGAGAGAGCGACCAUAAACAGUGGAAAAAAAACAAGACAGAAGUUGCGAAGAUUGGCAGGGUGAAAGCCGCCGGCGAUGUCGCAACUAGAUCCUUCAACGCGGGAACGACGAAAUAUCCCUCUCGAUCACUUUAUGGCGGAAUCGCCAACACCCUGGAAACGAAAUUCACUGAUUCUGAAGCGGUGGCAAAAGCUGUGCACGACUACGCGAGACAGCACAAAAUGCCUGAGAAGCUCGUAGGCCUCUGCGGAGCUCUCCAAAUCUCGGGACACUUCAAGAAGUGUUUUUCUGAAGCAGGUCGUCUCUCUUCGGUCACUUUCUUCCACCAACAUAUUGACGGGGCUAGUGUCCUCCUUCGAACACUCGCACGCGAUCGGCCGAUCGGCAAGCAUGCCGUAGCCCAGGCCAUCUGCGAUCCCAGCGUUUCUGCUCAGUAUUUUGAGAGCGCGUUUCGAUUGUUCUCGUCUGCGGUCACCCAAGAGUGGGAGAAGGAAAACCUGUUUGCACAGCUGGCGUCCUGGACGGGGAAACCGGUGAUUCUUGCUCCGUCCCUUGAGGACCAAGUCCCUGUCCCUCCUGCGCAUGCCGCGUACGAAUCGGUCGCCGUAGAUGACCCCGACAGGAUCUACCGCAUUAGGGCAGGAGGCCGGCAAUCGCCUCCGGAAGUGCUCUACGUCGGAGGCCUCCAUCCGAAAGUGAAGCCUACGGAGGUCCACGUGCAGGGGCCGACUGUCCGUGACAACUCGAAACGCCUCGUUCAUGACGUACACCCUUCGGAGCCUCGCGGAGAAAAAGCCCCCUCGGGCACCGCGACUACAACAGAAAGCUCGAGCGAAGACGCUUCGUCGGCCUCUUCCAAAUCCUCCUCGGCUUUUGUCGACGUGCAAGCCCAGGGGAAGAACAACUACGAGCCUGGAGAAACAGUCGAUUCCCACUUGGCGUCGCCACGCAAGAACGAAGAGAAUAGUGCCUCAGCGAUGCCGAAGCGGAGCACGCACAGCCAGGGGACUGGACGGACAAGAAGCGUAUCUGCCGAGCUUUAA